GACUAUUAUCUAAACAAUUGUUGUUUAUUGUUCACCCAUCGUAGCAUACAGUCAGGAAACCUUGCACUAUCUGAAACUCCUUGUGAGUUCUCAUCACAAGGUCAAAGUCGGACUAUUUUCUUUCAUUGCUAGCUUGAAAGAUUAUUUAUUCUCUUGUCCCUGGGUUCUUACAAUACUAUUAACAUAUAAAAACCCCACACUACGCCAUAAUCGACGUCUUUACAAAAAGUCAAACAACAGAAUAAUCAACAAACCAAAUAACCAUGAAGACUAACUUCGUAUCAACUCUGGCUUUUAUGCCACUUCUCGCUAUCGUCUCCGCAUUUGAGGUCAGCGAUGUCUACAAGACCGACCUUGGCAAAUGCAACUGCGACAACAUCCAUCUUACAGGGAACCAUAUCCUCAAUGCUAACUGUGAUAGGCCUGGAUAUGGGCUCCGUAUGGAUUACAACCUUGAUCUCAACAAGUGCUUCGCGAACUACUUGGGCACUUUGAACUACAUCCCCAACGGAAAUGGCGGUUUUGGAGGAUCUUGCAGCCCUUGCAACAUGAAUGGGACAAAGCUCGACUGCGAGUGCUCCAUCGGCAGAGGCCGCGGCACCAGGCACAAUGAGGUCGAAUUGAAUGAUUGGAACGUCAUUCAGAUACAGGAUGAUCAGCUCACCUGUGCCAGCACAGAAGGCCUUGAGAAGAGAGCGGUUAACAAGGAGGCUCGGUUCUUCCUCGCGUAAGCCGUAUCACUUUUUUCUUCGACCUUCGCUUUUAGUUAUAUGUAUUAGCUCGGGAUGAAUAAAACGCAAUGCUAAGGGGGUUAUAUGCAUGAUUACCAUAGCUGUCCUUCAGAUAUGAACCAUUCUUCUCAGAGGCGAUGAUCCCGGUUUCUCGCACAGGCUGAGCCGCUGUCCCACAUAUCAUAGCGAUGAUAUAUUGCCUUCAUGCCACGCAUGCCUACGGGGUUCUUGUACCG